AUGCCCUCGAAUCUGCUUCGAAGUUCGCGAGCCAGCGAUAACAAGAAACGACAGAUCAGCAACAGCAGCCAUAACCAUGAUGUUCCGUCGCCUUCGUUUGUCCUACAUAAUCUUCGGCUCCGGCCGUUCCAUGAACCCAGAAACAUCGUACCAGAAACAAUGGACCUCCAAAACAAACAAAGGCUUGGAGCCUACGCCACCAGCCACCCUUGCUAUUAUCACCCGUUCGGAGCCACCACCCUGUUUCCGAAUCUCAUUUGGAACGAUCAGGCCCGUUAUGGCAAUACCGACAAAUUACUUCCCCCUCGCCCAUUAUUCGUCCUCAGGGGAGGCGAACGGGCUCUCGCAUCUGCAUUUGCAGCUAUUUCCAGUAGUCAGGUGAUUGAAGCUAGAGGGGAGAUGGACGCGUUCGGUGGGUGGCAGGACUUGCAUUACAACCACACCUAUCCCCACUAUCCGCCACCCGUCCAAUCUCUACUACCCGCCAUGGCGUCUUGGUCUUCCCUCGCUGGAUCUGGUUUCUCCUUCUCCUGGCUGGACGCACACGUACAGAAACAGGGCGCGGCGCAGAACGCUGUAACUGCCUCAUCUAGCGCCACAACCACGCCCACCCCCGCGUCCAACCAACAAGGUGGCGAUGAAGGGAUCAACUUGCAAGCUCUACAAGACGAGUACCUGGAUUUUGGCUACAUCGACAACACCUCAGCCUCUACGCCCACGUACUCUGCGGUGGCGACUACUCCUGGCUCCGAGAUCUCCUCACCUGGGCCUAGCUACGCGCCUAUUCCACCGGCCGUCAACGAAGAUCUCGCGUUCCUUGAGAGCAUCGCGCAAUAUCCGGCUGCUCUCGACGUCCCCUCUAGUGCCACGCCCGCCGCCGACUUCGAGCACGCGCUAUCUAUCUACCCGAGCAGCAACCUCAUCAACGGGCUGGCCCUGCGCGCUCUGCUCCAAGAAUCCGCUCAUCAUGUCGAGCAAACGUUCACUGACUUCCGCCCGCCUACGCCGCGGCUCAGCCCCGCCGCGGAAGCGCGCCUCGCGCGCUGGGAGAAAGACGUCAACUUCCACGAACCCACUCCCAACGACGCAGUCCACCUCCCCAACGACGAUCCCUACACAAACACAAACGGAGCCGUCUCCCGGAAGCCCCGAAACCGCUUCCAAUCCGCCUACACGCAACAGGACGGUCAAAUCCUCGACCCCUCGCUCGCCCCUGCGCUUGGGCUCAACGCGUUUCUCGUGCAGCCUCCAGUCCACUAUGGUACCGCACAAGGAUAUCCCGCCGUUCCUCCGGCGCCCUACCCCCCCAUGGGCGUGCCGCCUUCCAACUACUACGGUCCCCCAGUGCCCCAGCCGCCCUAUCAAUACGGGUACUAUCCCAACAACUACUACAACUACAACUACUACCUCCCCAAUGGAUCAGAGGGACCGGGUCUCGCAGCAGCUGUGCCGCAGUUUUACAUGCCAGGCCUCCCCAUGUAUCCUCCAUUCCAGCAGCCCAAUGCGAGUGCGAAGCCACUCUCGGCAUCCGGGCGGCCAAACGAGCCUGCUCAGCUCGCCGACGCUGAAGCGGCCUCGGCGUCCGCGAAGAGGGAGAGCGCCGCCGCUGGGAGGAAGGGCAAGGGCAAAGCCAAAAGCGCGAAGAAAACGUCGCGCAAUACACUUCCCGCUCCGCAAGAUCCCGCGGGCAACAUCCACACCCAGCCCGCGCGCAAGAACCGGACAUACACCCAGGUCGGGGACAACAGGUUCCACUGCUCCCAUUGUGGACGCGACGAUCUCACGAAGGCGGCGACGAAAAAGCAUGCCGAGAUGUGCGGGAGGGCUGUGCGGAGCCGCACCUGCACCCUCUGUGGCACCGUAAUAAAGAGCGGCAGGAAUUCUUCCCUGGAACGCCACAUGGAGACGCCUCUGUGCCAGCGCAUGAGGGCGUCGUACGCCCAACAGCCCACUGCGCACCAACCCGGUCCUGUAGGCAUUCCCUCGAUGGUGGGCACGCAGUUUACCUUUGCGUACGACUACGAUGCUGCUGCCCGUGGCACUCGCGCCGAGGCGGGGUCUGGUGGUCUUGCUGGGAAUGCGAACGACGGGAGCCCCGAGCACGGUGUGUAUGCGGAUGUGGCUGGUCCGUCGUCGGCUACUCCUACUUUCGAAGACAUACCGAAGGCCACGAAGGAAGCGGCGAAGGGGAAAGCGCCUAAGAAGAACUAG